GUAACACCACAGCUCAUUCUCGACCCUUAGAUCACAAGUGUCAAAAUGAAUCAGCUGGGUAUAUAAAGUGCCUGAGCACAGGAGCCUUUUCCUCAGACCUCAAGCUCACUGUCUGUUGAACUCCUUUUAGUUAAGCGUCAAGCUCAUAAAUCGAGACUUGUUUGUGCGGGUGGAGCUUCAGGCUAACAGUUUCAGCAUCCUUCUCCCUUAUUUUGAACGGAUUUUCUAAGAUAUGGGUGACCAAAAUAAAGAACUAUCCCGUCCCAUUUUCCGCCGAGAUGUCAGGUGGGACCCUUUCCCAAACUGGACUCAGCCAAACCUCAUCUUUGCGCAGGAUUUUGGCCUCCCUCCUUUCCUUGACUCCAGUGAUCUGGACUGGUUAAACUGGGCGAAGAGGAGAAUGGCAUCUUUCUCCUGGCCUGGGUAUACACAAACUCCUCUUCUGCCUCCGUUUUGUGGUCAGCGCCCUGCACCGGUGAAUGAAAAGGGUGUGAGGCAGCUGACAGGUGGAGUGUCAGAGAUCCAGACAGGGCAGGACAGCUGGAGGAUUAAACUGGAUGUCAAUCACUUCUCACCUGAGGAAAUUACAAUCUCAACCAAGGAGGGUUAUUUGCAAAUAUCAGGGAAUCAUGAGGAAAAGCAGGAUGAGCAUGGAUCGGUUUCAAGGUGCUUCACCCGAAAAUACAAGCUGCCACAGGGAGUUGACCUGCAGCACAUCAGUUCUUCUCUCUCUGGUGACGGCGUGUUGUCCGUAGAGGCCCCCACCCCCGGGACGUCCCUCAGUGAAACAACCAAUGAGAUCGUAAUUCCGGUGCAGAUCAGACAGACACAGGACGGUGAAGAGUGACAGUAGUGAGCUGACUUUGGGUCUACAGUUAAAUGUGGCCCUCAUUGUUUGUUGCUUCAUUGUUUGUAAGCUUUGACAUAAGAAAAGAGAUAAUUGUUUGUUAGAGUACAGCAGUCAAUGAAAUUUACUGAAAUAGUGAGUUUUCAUGCUAAGAGGUUCCUAUAUAAUACUAAUUAAAUGCACACGGAGCAAUACCUCUCAGAAGUGACUCUGAACAUAAAGUGUUUUUUUGCAUGUCAACUCUAAAGGGUUGGCAUGGCCUUCGUUUUAAAACAUAAUGUAAUGUGUUUUUCCUUGCACUUUUUAAGUCUUUAUUUUAGAAAAACAACAACGACAAACUUGUCAGCUUUUUAAGGGUGAUACAGUAGUUGCUGACUAUUACAUUACAAGUAAUUCUGCUUGUGUGUAUCAGGGUAAUAUAGUAGAAAAUGAAUCAUAUACAUGCAUUGUAUUUGUUUUAAAAGCUGCGGAUCUAUUUUGUGUUCGUACUAAGAGUUGCACACUGCUGCAUUGAAUGAGCAGCCAUAAUGAACAUUUUCUAUCUUCGGCACAUGUAAGCUU